AUGAAAGAAAGGAAAGGAAAAGAACCCGAGCUGAACGGCACCGUAACGGCGUCCAAGAAAGUCAAAAUUGAGCCCCCAAUAGAUCUAUAUAACGAAGCGGAUGAGUACAGUGACGGAUCCAACGAUGGUCAAGGUUGUUCGAAGCAGCCUCCGGGAAUGAAAAUAGAGUCGCUCCCGAAUGGCCAAAGUUACCGCGAAACUAGGAGCAUUUUCGACUAUCUUGGUGUACCUGCGUUUCCCAAGAAGCCGAAUAACUUGGGUGGCGACGAUGAUAUCUCUGACCUGGAAUCGGAGCCAGAGGAGGAGCAGAGAGCAAGAAUGACGGUUUCUCCAUCAAAGUACGAGCCAGCGCCUUCGAGUGAAGAUGACGGCGAGGAGAGCGAUGGCAGCGAGUUGCCGGACACGGUGCUUGAUUUGGAGAACGGGCUUUCCGGGGAUUCGGAUGAGGACGACGAUGAUGAUGAAGAGGAAGAGAGAGCAGCAAAGGAUAAACAGUCUACUUCUAACUUGAAUGGUCUGACGGCCGAGAAUAUGAAGACGCCGGUUGCGAUAAAGAAAGCGAUGUUCCGCGACCCGCCCGUCUCGGAUGUCCGCACUAUUGGCGAAAACGGAGAUGGCGAAACUCCGAGCCUGAUCGAUUCUCAUCUUCGCAAAUUCGCAAACUUGACGCCUGCUUUGUCUCGAAUCAAAUACGAGGACCCGGAUGAUACCGGUGACUACACUUACUAUUUGGUGCAGAAGCCUAAAGAGAUUAGCCUUGACGACCUGAACCAGUUGAAACUAAAAGCUGAUCCGGAGCAGUUGAACGUGAAGAAGCUGAAGGUCAAAAACGAAGCCGGAAAAUUUAAUGCCGAGCUGUCCAGCUAUGGGCCGCAGCAACUUAUCGCUAGAAGGACGGCGAAGCGCAACACGCAUGGUGACGUUCGCUGGAGGAUCCGUGGUCAAAUCAUGGGCACGAUCUUGCUGAAGCCGCGCGAGGAGCCGACAAAUAUUGGCCCUUUGACGGGCGAAGAAUUCGACGUUGAUUUGCCGUUGACGAAAAUCAAGAGGGUGGCCACGCGGGAUGAAUUCGACGAGUUGGCUGAAAGGGCCGUUCCGUUCGGCGUGAAGAAGAAGAAGCGAAACUCCUUGCCCGGGCACGCCGUCAAAUUGAAGAAGAUAAAAAUGGAGCAU